AUGUCGUCGGUCCCGCGGUCGGCGGGCCCAGACUCCGGGCCAACCGCGGCCAGCCCAGGCCUCUCGCCGGGCACGGUGUGGACACGCGACGGGCAAGCGACGACAACAGCCACGUACAUCCCGCCACAAGACCACAUCGUCUCGUCGCUCCCGCGGCAGCAGGUCACCGUCCACAUCUCGCCGCGGCGCAAGCGCAUCAUCUCGGCCAACGCCCCGGCUGCCCCACAAGCCGGAGGCCCCGAGUCGAGCCACCCACAUCGCCGCCCACGCUCCCACCGCCGCCAGCAGCCGCAGCAAGGCCAACCGCUGCUCCAGCCGCACGGCACGGUCGUGCUCGGCCUCUCACCAAACUCGAUGGGGGGCGGGCCCGGCCCGUCGCUCAUGCCGAGCUACGGGAGUGGUCCGGGCGCCGCGGCGGUGGCAGCUGCAGCAGGCUCGCCCAUGUGGGCGGGAGGCCGCGGUGGCGCGCAGGUCGAUCCGCGGACCUCGCGCACGUCGCUCUCGGCGGUCUCGGACAUCUCGGCGGCACACGGUGGCGGGUACCGCAACCCUCUGCAGCUACCUCCUGAGCCACAGCUCUACACCGCUGACGACGAUAUCUACGCUAUCCCGCUGAGCGAGGCGUGGGCUGACCACGUCAACGUCGACCUAGGUGCGGUCUUUGUUCUCCUCGCAUCGCUCGCUCUGGCGUGCCUGGUGUACGGGCUUGCGAGCGAGUGGUACGCGCUCAAGGAGCGCGGUGACGUGCCAUCGGCGUCGGACAACACCAUUCACAUGGUCUACUCUUGGUUUGCGGUGACGACUCGCGUCUGGGUCUCGACCGGAUCGCGCGCCCUCUUUCCCUAUCCGGCCGUCCGCACCCUGCUCCGUCAAGUCAUGGCCCUUGUUCUCACUGCUGGUGUCAUGGCACUUGUCGUUCUUUUCACUGGCGGCAUCUCGUUCUGCGCCCGGCUCUCGCUCCGUCGGUCGCGGGCGCGGUCGGCGGCGGUCGCCUCGGCACUGGCCGCCACGCUCUGUGUUGCCGCCGCCAUUGCGGCCAUCCUUCUCUUUCGCGCCGAGUUUGCGUCUGCGGCGUCGUCGGACAACAUGUGCGGCCCGACAGUUCCCGAUGUGUCGCAGACGUACUGCGGGGCGUUCUCGGGCUCGAGCGAGUCUGCGGCAGCUCGCCGGGCAUGGGGGCCCGGCGCUGGUUUUGGUGCCGCUGCUCUCGGCGCCGCGCUUGUCUUUGGCUCAAUGAUUCUCGGGCUGUGGUGGGAUGAGCCGCGUGGUGCCCUCGCGGCCACCAUCCUCGCCGCUGUUGCCAUCGCCACCUUUGCCGUUGCGGUCGCUGACGACUGGAUGGUUUACGAGGUCGAGCUGCACGAGUUGCCUGGAGUGACGCUGCCCGAGUUCCGAGUUAACCAGACCCGGUUCCGUGUCCUCGACGUUCUCCUCACCGAGGAAGUGUACAAGCCCGACGACCGAGUCAGUCACCUAAUGCGGCUGCUGCACUCUGUCUUUGCCCUCGAGCUGGCGGCGGCUGGGUCUGGCGCACUCGCGCUGGCCUGCUGCUGGCUGGCGUACAUCAAGGUGCUUAACCUGAGGACUGGGUGCCUAGGCCUCCACGCCGUCGUAUUUGCGCUCUGUGCGCAGGUCAUGUGCGUGGCGCUCGGCCUCGCCGGGUUAGCCUUUUUUGCCAUCGAAUACCCGUCAGCGGCCGAGGCCGACAACGCGUGCACCCGGCAGCGCUCGCUCGCUGACAAGGCAGUUCUCCCCGGAUGCUCAUUCAUCGGCUCAGCAGUCCUGGCGCCCGACGCUCAACACGGCACGCGGACACUCUCCUGGGGCGCCGGCGCUGGGUACUGGGUCACGCUCGCAGGCUGCGUCUUGCAGCUGGCGUCGAUGGUGGUUCUCGGCCUCCGCCGCAAGCGCGAGUCAGAGCGCCAGGCCCGCCCGCUCCUCAUCGCCUCGCUCGGCAUGUCCGGCAAGGAGGCGCGGCGGCGGACCAAGUCCAAGAGCGCCUCGGGCUACGGCAAGCCACGGCGGUACGUGUAGCAGCGCGAGCUCGUUUUACGCGACACACUAAACAUGUUCUCGCUCUG